GAGGCAAAUCAGAUCGGAGUACAAGGAAGCAAGUGCUAGAGCUCCAGAAACUAGCUGGCUAGAGGUCACUCAUGGAGGAAGGAAACCCCAAUCCGCAAACAAUCAUCGACAUGAAGGCAUUGGUUGAGGGUUUGUACGAGAGCAUGCGCAAUUUGAUUUGAAGGUUAAGGGAAUCGUCCCUUCUUCAGAGUACCACAUCUCAAUGGUGAAGAGAGGCAUUCGCAACGUCGACAGUUCCCAGUACACCCAAGACUCGAUCCUCGUCGGCCCCUACCACCGCAAUCCCGACCAGCGGAUGGAACCCGUGAAGCUUGCGGCGCUCCACGGCGCCCUCCCCGGCGACGAGCAGGAGCAGCGGUCCACGCUGCACCGCUACCUGGGUGAGAUCGCCGCCGCCAACUUCCUUGCCGAAGUGAGGAGAUACUACGCAGACGGCGCCAAUAAGUUCGACGACCUGACGCCGUCGAAACUGUUGUUGGUCGAUGGGUUCUACAUCCUCCAUUGCUUUGGUAUCGGCAGAUUCGGGGGAGGAAGCAGCUCCUCCGGCGGCGAGAUGUGCGCGCAGGACAACAUCGAGCACAUCCGUGACGUGUUCUACCUCCUGGAGAACCAUAUACCCUUCUUCGUCCUUGUGAAGAUCCACGACCUGUUCUUCCCGCCGGAAACAUCCCCGAUCAAGUCUACCGCCGAGAUUGUGCUCGACAACCUGUAGAAGUCUCUCCGACCCCUUCUAACAUUCCUCGGCUACAUGCAGCUGGAAAUCAGGGGUGUCUCCCCAUGGCAUCUCCUCCACCUGCUCAUGUGGGACCCACUGACAUGUGGGCCUCACCUUUUUUGUGUUUUGUUUGACUGAUAUGUGGGCCCCACUAAUUUUAUGUUUUGUAUGACAGACAUGUGGGACCCACAUUUUUUAAAAAUUUACAUUUUACUUCCAGUCCAUGUCACUGCCACGUAGGACAAAGACAAAGUCAAACUAGCCACAUAGGCGUUACGUCAGCUAAAACCGCCAUCCAAACCGCCUUAGGACCUUAUGUGCAAUGGUUCUGUAAGUUGGGAGAUGCGUUGUAUCCGGUUUUGCGGUUCAGGGAUAAAAAUCAGA